AAGGCGCGAUCGAUCGAGAACGAUCAGUCGUCGACACCAACUCCAUAGCGGCCGGUAAUCUAUCACCAUGGACGGGGAAACGCACAGCCUUGAAGCUAUUAUUAACAACAACCUUAGUAGCAAAGAUCUAGACGAGUUCAACAGAAUAUACUAUGGACGCAAGAAUCAUUUGGAAAUCAAGCUAAAAGACUCUUCGCUUGUUGCUGCGAAAGACAACGAUUUCGAUGUUGCUGCUUAUGCAUUCCCUGCUAAGAAAGAAUCUACCAGACCUCCGAGGAUUGUCAAGGUAGGCGUCAUCCAACACUCGAUCGCCGCACCAACAGACCGUCCUAUUAUCGAGCAGAAAAAUGCGAUACUCGCAAAAGUGAAGAAGAUAAUCGACGUCGCAGGACAAGAAGGUGUCAAUAUCCUCUGCUUCCAAGAACUUUGGAACAUGCCUUUCGCUUUCUGCACUCGAGAGAAAGUACCUUGGUGCGAGUUUGCCGAAUCAGCAGAAGACGGCCCGACUACCCGCUUCCUCCGGGAGCUGGCUAUCAAAUAUGCGAUGGUUAUAGUUUCUUCGAUCCUCGAGAGAGAUGAGAAACACGCCGAUAUUUUGUGGAACACCGCUGUCGUGAUUAGCGAUACAGGCAACGUUAUUGGCAAGCAUCGCAAGAACCACAUUCCGAGGGUGGGUGAUUUCAACGAAUCCAACUACUACAUGGAAGGCAACACCGGGCAUCCAGUUUUUGCGACCCGUUACGGCAAGAUCGCGGUCAACAUCUGCUUCGGACGUCACCACGUUCUAAAUUGGAUGAUGUUCGGCCAAAAUGGCGCGGAGAUUGUGUUCAAUCCAUCCGCAACUAUUGCUGCUGAGGCUGGCAGUGAGUAUAUGUGGAAUGUUGAAGCAAGAAACGCAGCGAUUACCAACUGCUACUUCACAGCUGCUAUAAACAGAGUCGGAUAUGAGGAGUUCCCUAAUGAGUUUACGUCAGCUGACGGCAAGCCUGCGCAUAAAGACUUGGGACUUUUCUACGGCUCAAGUUAUUUCACUGGACCGGACGGUGUCAGAUGCCCAGGUCUAUCGCGUACAAGGGAUGGUCUUCUCAUCGCUGAAAUGGACUUGAAUAUGAACAGACAGAUUAGAGAUCGUCGCUGCUAUUACAUGACCCAACGCUUGGACAUGUAUGUCGACAGUCUGAAGAAGGUUCUCGAUUUGGAUUUCAAACCCCAAGUUGUUCACGAAAAUGAGAAGUAAGAAGAUGAAUAAUAGUUGAGGUAUAACUUUAAGUUGUUAAGCAUCCAGUAAAUUGUUAAUAUUAAUUUUUAUAAUUAUCUAAAAAUAAACAUUCCUUGUAUUUUAA